AUGAGUGGUCUUACAGGAUGGGCCCAGCUCGUUAACCCUGAAAUGGAUUUGUUCUCCUUACCCCCUACAGAUGUCUCUGUAGCCAAUGGGCGUUACAUUCCCUACACUCCUUUCGACAAGGGGGACAAACACCUUGAAUGGGUCAUUCCUAAUAUCGAGAGUUACAUCGACCUCCAGAAAACACACAUACGCCUCGUGGUUAAGAUCACAAAAGGGGAUGGGUCUGCUCUUGGUGUUGGGGAUAAAGUAGGGUUUGUCAACAAUGCCCUGCAUUCGAUGAUCAAGCAAGUCACCAUCCAUCCUAAUGGUAAAAUCGUCACGUUACAAUCGGACUCGUACGCGUACCGCGCCUUCAUCGAGACACUCCUCAACUACCCGGGAGAGGCCCAAGAUUCCUACUUGCAAUGUGCACUCUGGGACAAAGAUACCGCUGGACAACAUGACACUACAGCAGUCGCAAGUUCCGGUUCUGGGGUCGCCACCAACAAAGGAUUGAUGCGUCGUGCCGCGUACACGGCAGAAAGCAAAUUGGUGGGUCUGGCCGGACCUCUCUUCUGCGACAUAUUCCAUUCCAACCGAUACAUGGUAAACAACAUGGAACUAAAGAUCAGAAUGGAACUUCACGAACCCAAGUUCUGCCUCAUGUCAGGAUCAACGGCCCCUGCUGAAAAAUACAAAGUUGAGUCAGCCCUCCUACGUCUGUACCACGUCACACCCUCCGACAGCGUCAGGUUAUCCCAUACGAAGAUCAUGCAUUCUCCCUCCUCCCCCAAGAUGAGCAUGUAUCCACUAACGUCAGCAGUGGUGAAAACUCGGCAGAUCCUCAACGGUGUACGCUCCUUCGAAGCCACGAACCUAUUCAAUGGACUCGUUCCAAAAAGGAUGAUCUUCGGAUUCGUCGAGGAUGCAGCAUACAACGGAGAUAACACCAAGAACCCCUUCAAUUUCCAGCUGGACAGCAAACUGACCGACAUCAAGGUGACCGUGGACGGUGAAGAGACCCCUUACAACGCGCUCAGCAGGGUGGAUGGCAAAGGAGUGGAUUUGUACCACAUGCUGUUUGACAAUGUGUGCGGCACGUUUCGCGGUGGUGGGCUGAACGUCAGCAGGGAGGAGUUCGAAAAAGGCUACGGACUACUGGUCUACGAUUUCACAGGCGCUGGAAACGCGGCGUCGGAGUACUACCACCCUCAAUAUAAAGGCACGGUAAACCUUGCGCUCUCAUUCAAUGCUGCCACCACCACGGUGAUGUCCGUCGUCAUCUACGGAGAGUUCAACAACAAUAUGGAAAUGACCCCUUACGUAAUGUGA